AUGCAUCACUCACUUGGAACUUCGCGAUGGUCUAUUGGCGUGGCGUGGUUACAAUCUUUCAUUUUUCUCAGUCUAUUCAUUUACUCACAAGCUCAAACAACCUACUACUGUGAUUCAGAGACCCCUUGUGCCAAUGGAGCUUGUUGUGGUGUGACUGAUAGUCAGGGUGUUUGUGGCUACGGAAUCGAUUUCUGCGGAGACACGUGUGUGAGCAACUGCAACGCGACAGCUGCAUGCGGCAAGGACGCUGCAAUCCCCGGAACCACCUGCCCUCUGAAUGUAUGCUGCUCCGAAUGGGGGUUCUGUGGAACCUCCAUUGACUUUUGCGAUACCAGUUCAGGCUGCCAAAGCGACUGCGGAUCACCGACAGUUCCCUCAUGUUCUUCAAAUGACGUGUACAAGCGUGUCAUUGGCUAUUACGAAGGAUGGUCUAGUGAUCGUGUCUGCGAUUCCUGGAGCCCUAGUCGGGUCUCAUUUGUAUUAGAGGUCUUAAGAUUGCUGCAAACGUACGGUUUCGACGGCGUGGAUCUAGACUGGGAGUAUCCUGGAGCAAGCGACCGCGGGGGCAAGUCAGCAGAUAAGGAGAACUACGUCCGUUUAGUUGCUGAGUUGCGUAUUGUUCUGGAUGAUUCCGGGUCUCAAUAUGGAAUAUCUUUUACUACGCCGUCCAGCUAUUGGUAUCUGCAAAAUUUUGAUGUUGUGGGGAUGUUGGACGCUGGAGCCGACUGGACCAACAUCAUGACCUACGACCUCCAUGGAUCAUGGGAUAGAGAUGAUGUAUGGAUCGGGAGCGUGAUGCUGGCUCAUACUAAUCUAACUGAGAUCAAAUCCGCACUUGACUUAAUGUGGAGAGCCGGUGUGCAGCCAUCGGACAUAGUUCUAGGGAUUGGGUUCUAUGGCAGGUCCUAUACCAUGUCCGACAUCGCCUGCUACGAACCUGGCUGUCCUUUCGCUAGUGCAGGAGCCGCUGGGCCCUGUACAGUCACAGCAGGUGUCCUGUCUUUUAGCGAAAUCAUGGAAUAUAUGGAGGAGCAGGAUGCAGUCACCAUUUGGGACGAGACUGAUGCCGUAAACUACAUGGUUUGGGAGGAUCAGUGGGUCUCAUUCGAUACCAAUAUGACGUUCCAGCAAAAGGUUGACUAUGCCAACGGUGUCUGCCUAGGCGGCCUGAUGAUCUGGUCGGUGGAUCAGGAUACCUAUGAUUGGCAGGCAUUAAGUGGAUUACUUGGCAAGGCUAUGGCAAGUAACAACUUGCUUACAGGAGGGUCUAUGAAUACUCAAAGUGCAGAGGCACUUUCGCAGGACUACUCGGCGUAUACGGGUACCGAUUGUUACAUUAGUGAUUGUGUUGACUGGAACACCGGGCAAUGCAAACCCGGCUAUAGUGUAUUGGACUAUGUUCAUCAGGGCUCAUACGGCAUGAUUGAGGAUCCAGACACGAAAUUCUGCAAAUCGGGCGAGGAAGGUGAUUCCGAUUCGCAGUAUCGUCUAAUUUGUUGCCCGACCAAUGCAAUGCCCGAAGGUUGCAGCUGGGAGGGGGAGCUCGAAGGGAUGUGCUAUGGAGGCAGUAUGACCUGUGGCAAGGGAAAGUAUGAGCUUGUGGCUGAUUCAUACAUUGAUCGAACGGGCUCAGAAAGCUGUGAGACAUCGAGUGUGAGGUCCUUAUGCUGCAAUACGAACUCGGCUCUCGAGAAAUGCUCCUGGUCUUCUUGUGGGAACUCAUGCAACUCCACGGACUAUACCUUUACAUCAAGCUCUCCCUAUCCAGGGCCCAAUCUCCAGCAGGACAGCUUCAAGUGUGAGUCUAGCGACGUAAGCUUUUGCUGUCCGUCGGAGGAUACCUAUGAGGGCUGCGCGUGGUACGGCUGCUCGGACAGCUGUCCGAGCAGUAAAGUGUUGAUUACUCAAAGGACUGAGAUUUUCCAGGGUGGGAAAUCCACCGCGUGCAAUACAGGCCAAAACAAGUUAUGCUGCGAUCCUCCCAGCGGCUCAAGUAGUUGGCUGGUGGAUCCGAAGUAUCUAUUCAAAUACCCCGACGAGGAGAAUGUAAGCUACGACUACACAGUACAAGCAUCUUCAAACGAUGAAGAUACAGCUGACGCCAGCGAAGAUCCAUUCGCGCUAGUGAUGAUCGACGGAGAUACCAAGGCCUACGAUGAGUCACUGGUAGAUCAAUGGACCUUCUUGACAGAUCAGCAGGAACUUCGCAAAAGAGACCUGAAGCUACAUACACGUCAUAGUAUCUUUGAGCAUCGCAACGAUACAUUUGAAAACGUGGUAGAGGUCUAUCACAUUCAAUGUAUUAAUCUAUUUGUAAACGGCACGGCGUGUACCUCGGUCUUCGAAGGUGGAGCGUCUAAUACGAUUGUGAAGAUGCCUGAUGACAUUGGAGCCGGUCCAUAUGCACGUAUCAUCAGUCUUGUUCCCCUGAGCAUUAACAGAACAAGCAUCAUUCCACGGUCGACCGGCGAUAUUUAUGAGUUGACCGUUGACUAUGACUUUGCCGCUGCUGCUGAGGAGCAGAAAGGUGAUGUCAAUUUUCGGAUUGAUUACACAAACCUACAGGAAUACUGGUACCAGAUUACAGACACCCCAUCGUCUAAGAAGCGGUGGUUUGGUGCCUUCGACAGCUGGCUCAAGAAGAUGACAACUAUUGUGAAAGAUGAGCGGGGUUCCCUGCCUCUGUUGUAUGAGGAAACAAUCAAGCUCUACCAUGCGCACGAAUACUGUCCAGCCAUGAACCUAGAAGCCACAUUCGACAUUGAUGCAUAUAUCCACCUGGGCCUAUUCAACCAGUAUGGUUACUACUUUGAAGGCUCCAUCCUGCCAACACCCGAAGUGAUUUCCGCCUAUGGCUACUUCUCGAUCGAGCCAACGGCCGCUAUCCUCCUAACAAUCCGAGCUAAUGCCAUCAUGCAAUCGUCCACUGGGUCGGUAGAGCUGUUUUCGUUGGGCUUUCCAGGCAUGUCGAUCAAAGGUCUAAUCAGUAUAGGGCCGGAAUUGGCUUUGUAUGGUCAAAUGGAUGCGUCCUUGAGCAUCUCGGGUGAGUUGAAUGCUGGCAUCGCGCUAGAGUUCCAAAAGACGGAGGUCUAUUUCCCACAAGACGCCGCAGGAAAGGCAGACAGUGUAGCUCCGGCCGAUCUCAGUGACGAGCAAAGCCAAACAUACAGCUUUGAUCCAAAUUUUGACGCCACGUUAACUGCUGAGGGUAAUAUGGCGUUAUCCCUGACCCCUGAGGUUCGCUUCGGCAUUUCCGUGCUUGGAGGCGAUCUGAUGUCUGGCUAUGUGACUGCUGGGCUGAACAACACUAUUAACCUGGGAAUUAGUGCAGAGGCUUCUUAUUCCGGUGGAACCAGCUCGGCUGGCUUUUGUUACUGGGCUGAUUACGUCUAUUCUCUUUUCAUCAGGGCAGAUAUGUCCUUUCUGGAUGACGUCGCUUAUUGGGGAAGUGAGUACGAAGUGGCUUCGCCCGCAGAUCCCCUCGAAUUGGUCGCGAAGACUUGUACCACUUACUCCAGUGAUGUCGACUUGAGCAAACGCAGCGAUCCAACUAGCUUGGUAGCCAAUACAACGGGUGCCGCCUGCUUUGGAGGUUUAAUGUCCUGCCAGAGGAUCGAUAACUCGCCCACUGCUUCAGGCAACCUAUCUUGUCCCAUGGUCUGCGACGGGGAUUCUUGUACGCUUUUAGAUGAUGGAGCAGCUUCUUCCUCGCGAAAACGCCAGGCAACUACGAACACCGCGCAGUGUGCACGCUUCCCUGCAUUUUUCUACAAUUGCGCAUGGUUCGGCAAUUCCUACAUUCCCAACCAGGACCAGACUACAAAUACACUGCCUGGCCAACAAGCUUAUCUGGCGACUGGAAUCUGCGCCAAUGUCCAGAACUACCUCUUCAGCCACCAGAGCCAAUGGAGUCCGCAAAUAAUGGGGUCUAACUUCAUGCUUCUUACCUAUAAACCAGAUGCCGAAGACACAAAUCGCCUAUAUGCUUGUGGCACUAAAUCGACCAACACUUACACCACUAAGUCUUGCGCGCAGUUGAAGCGAUCCCUGUGGUCGGUUGAGGCACAGGAUUCGUAUGCGAAGAAGGGCGAUUACGAAGAUGAGCCUGGCUUUAGCGAGUCAGUAUCUUGCGACGAGUUCCCUUGUACGGUCGCCGAAGGUGGGUCAGGAGCGAGCACGGCUUGUGCACCCGUUGAGCAACAAAAUUACCAGAGCAUACUCAAUGGAAUGGUGUCUCACAUUUAUGACAAGCAAGCUAAGCAGACCUGGUCCACCAAAUCCGGCUUUACGGGGUACACCCGCUAUUUCACCAUGAAUCUGUUUGAUUCCCAGGACGCAAGCAAUCCCACCAAUUGGCUGGGUACAUAUGCCGGAUACUAUGACUCUGGUGAAACGCUUCCCCUCCUCCGUGUCGUCGGCGGAGUCAAUCUCUUUUACAGUCAGCUAUGGUCAAUCACCUCCAAUGCCCUCUGUCACAUAGAUGCGAGUACGCAGCCCGAUCUUCAGCCAUUGCUGAAAAUAUAUCAAUUCAAAUUGGAGAAGUGCCAGAUUGUCUAUGAGAAUCCCUACGUCACCGGGCGCUGGAAACGGGACAACGAGGAUACCAAAGAAGACAACUACACAGGGCCUGACCACUUACAUCCCAGUCUCUGGCAGGUCAAAGGUACUGCAAGCCGCUUCCGAGAUAUUUGUACUCACGCUAACGAGCAACCUGCUUCUCACACACAGAGAUUCGAGUAUCCAAGGACUGGCAAAAGCGUUCCAUCCACGUCAGGUCCAGCGAUCUUGAUAGUCCGACCUGGCUUAAAAAGAUGAGUCACAUGCUUCAUGCCGCUGAGCCGAUUGGGAAGGACUACCACGUCUUCACGCCAUUCAAUAGCACGUUUGAAGCCCAAAUCGUGACGCCAGCAGCUCCCGCCACGUCAGACCCAC